AUGCACAUCUUACUCGCUGAAGACAACCGCGUCAACCAGCGCAUCUGCGAGAAAAUGUUCAAGAGGAUCGGCGGCUGCUCAUAUGCGAUCGUGAACAAUGGCCGUGAAGCCCUCGACUACCUUGCCGGUCCGCCUGAUACUUGCCCGCGCCCUGAUAUCAUCUUGAUGGAUAUUUCCAUGCCCGUUGUCGCUGGCGUCGAAGCCACCGAUAUCAUCCGAUCGCAGGCACCCUUUGUCAACGAUCCCAAGAUUAGAAUGACUCCUAUCAUUGGUCUCCACCCUUACGCGACGCCGCGUGCGAGAGGCAUGACCGACAUGUUGUCCAAGCCUAUCAGGAUGUCCCACCUCACCAAACUUCUUUUGCAGUAUUCUCGCCAUGAGCCUGUCCCUGUGGGCUUUGGGGCCCCUCAUAUGAGAAUGGCGCCUGUCUGGGGUCCUAUGCCGAUGAGAAAGUUUCCUGGGCCAAGGUCUCGUCUGUGA